UUUAUGGUGAUGUAUAUGAGGUAAGAUGCGUGCCGUUGUCGGUGUACGAGCACGUGCAUUAAACGGUCCGAUUGUUACCGAUAUUGCUGUUACGGUGUCAAACACGUGGUUAAAUUCAAAAGAAGAAUACAGGUCGCACUGUUUUUCAAAUUCGGCCAGGAUGGCGUAAAACAAUUGUUUAUAGAACACAUAUGUGUUGAUCUGCUUAAUGUUUCGUUUUAAACAUAUUUAAAGGAACACCGUAAGAAGUGGGCCAGUGUUUGUUUACAUAUCUUAAAAAAGAUUUAAAGCAACAUACCCUGUUUACAAUAAGUGAGUUGAAGUUAAAUAGGUGGUUGUAGUGUAGUGUUAAUUAAGAAAUAACGAUUACUCUUUAAGUUUUAAGAGUAAUUAACCGUGUGCAAUCAAUUCCAAAGAUUAUGAAAUACUUUAGUGCAGGCCAUCGUGAAUCCUAUACUCUGACUUCCCGAAGGAGGCAUGUCAAAAAACAAACAAGACAGCAUUCAGGAGGUGCCACGUGGCAUUCAUCCGGACCUGCGACAACCCCCGUUUCGACAAGUCACAGGUCGAUGACGGGGGAUAACCACAUAAAAGAAGCGUCACAAGAUUUGUUCGAAUUAUUGGAAAGAGUACAAAGUUCACGGCUAGACGACCAAAGAUGUCUUUUACCGGCAUAUUUCUCACAGUCAGAUACUCAAAAUCACCAAAACAAUGUCCAAACCAACAUAGUCGAUAAAGAAAACAACAGACAAGAUGAUCGCCUCUCUUCCUCCGCAUUUACCACUAAUAACAACAUCAAGAUGCCGACAUCGGCUCAUUCAACACCUCCUUCAUCUCCCCAACCCACGACAGCGUCCAAAAGACUGCUUCUGGAAACUCUAUCGCAUCCUGGACCUUAUGCCAUGAUAGUUGUUCCCGAAAAAGGAUAUUGGGUUGAUGGAACAGAACACGACUGUCCAAGGGACCAUCGGGGACAACCCAUAGUGCCCCAUGGUACUUGGCGCGCAAAAAUAGAAACUGAUGAUACCGCUAAGUGCUACAGAAGGUUCUUUGUUGGAAGGGAACACACAACGUUAAUUGGAACGGACGAAAAUAUUGGUCCAGUCCUACUAUCCAUUAAAACAGAAAAUGUAGCAAACCAAGAGCAUACACGUAUUCUGCUUCGUUUGAAGACGGGCACUAUGCACGAAAUCGUUCCUUCCUCGUGUCUAGAUCCCAAUCCAAGCCCAUCAAAAAUGGCCAAACUUCUCAACGAGCAGUUGAACAUCGACAAUUUUACACCUGUGCUCUAUCCGAAGGCGUCACAAUUAAUCGCAAAUUACGACGAACACGUUCUUGUCUCGAAUUUCAAAUUUGGCGUACUAUACCAGAAACGUGGCCAAACAACCGAAGAAGAAUUAUUUUGCAAUAACGUCCCUACUCCUGCUUUCGAUGAAUUCUUAUCUUUACUUGGACGGAGGAUACAAUUAAAAGACCAUAAAGGCUAUCGUGGUGGUCUCGAUAUUCAGAACGGCUACACGGGCGACGAAGCCGUCUACGAAAUCUUUAAGGAAAGAGAGAUCAUGUUUCAUGUGUCCACAUUGUUGCCGUACACAGAAAGCGAUCCUCAACAGUUGCAGAGGAAACGGCACAUCGGAAACGACAUAGUGGCCAUCGUUUUUCAAGAAGAAAACACCCCCUUCUCUCCGGAUAUGAUUGCGUCACAUUUCUUGCAUGCUUUCAUAGUUGUCCAGCCUGUUGAUCCUAAUACUCCAAAUGCCAGGUACAAAGUGAGCGUGACGGCUCGUGACGAUGUACCAUUUUUUGGUCCAACGCUACCAACACCUGCCGUUUUCCGUCACGGACCAGAAUUUAAGGAAUUUCUAUUAACAAAGUUAAUCAACGCUGAAAACGCCUGCUAUAAAGCCGAAAAAUUUGCAAAACUUGAGUUACGUACACGUACAUCACUUUUACACGCUCUUACGGAAGAAUUACGAGAAAAAACGAACGAAUUCUUAGGAGCAGGAAUUGGAACAAACACAAUUGUGCCUCCCGGUACGCCAAAAAGUGACUCAGGACCCGGAUCAAGAUUUAUUGAUACCGUCAAAAAGGCUUGGAGUGCUAGAGUGAAAUCUAGCCAAAGUGUCGAUACGAAUUUGUCGUCGAAUGGUCACAAUCAACAUGAAAAGCUUACGAAGAAAACCAGUCAACCCGCUGUUGUUUCUGAAUCAACGCCUUCAAGUGGAAGAUCUCUUUCAAAGAGUUCCAUUGUCUCGAAUGGCAAAAGCAAUAAAAGCAGUUGCAGCAGCAGCAGUAAUGGGGGCGGCGGUGCUUCAUCGACGGCAUCGUCUUCUCCAGACUUAACGGCACAUGCACAUUCUCAUUGCUCCCGUCCCGCCCUAUCUGAAGCGAGUGACGACUCGUCAUUGACGAGCGAAGACUUGGAGCACUUGGGUGGUGGUGGUGGAUACGUGGACAGUGAUACCGGCCUAGAAAGCAUGUCGAGUGCGGAAACUGCUGCAAAGGCAUGCAGCCUAUGUCAGGAAAGGCCUACAGUUGUAGGUGGUAGUGGAGGAGGAUUUCUAGGAAAUAAUGUCGUUAACCAAGAAGCCUUAGUACAAGAAGUAACCAGGCUAAAAUGCGACAAACUGGAUCUCUUAAAACAGAAUGUGACCUGUCAAAAAGAUAUAAAGAGGCUAAGAGAGAAAGAGUUGAGUCUACAAACAGACUUAGCAGCAGCGACAAAGGAAAUAAUACGGUUACGGGAUCUUCUUAAAAAUUUCAAUACUACCGAUGAUUCGUCACCAGUAUAAUUGCCUUUACCAUUUUUUUUGUGUAUUUUGCGCAAAUUUCAAAAAUUCCGUAUGCUGCAUUUAUUUUUUUGUGUUAGAUUUUUCUGUUUCAAUAUUAUUUACACAGUACAAAUAAGCGACGAUGUAAUGAUGCUUAAAAAUGCUAUAUUUUCGAUUAUUCAUAUAAAAGCGGUCCUGUUCAGUUGUGUAUUUUAUUGUGUUCAUUGCGCGCGUUGCUAUGAAAACAGGCGACCUUAAAAUAUUUAGUGAAAUUUGUCAAUUAUCGACGUUAUUAAAAAAGCACACCAAGAGACGUCGUUCAAACAGCUCGUCUUUCUUUCUUUACGUUUGUGAUAUUCCUUUGUAUUUUUUCUCUUUAUUAGCUAUUAACGGUAGAUAAAUAGUAAUUUAUUUCAAGCAUAAUUAUAUUUAAGAAAUAUUUUCUAUCAGUUAUUAUUUACUAUAUGAAUGUUUAUUAUAUAAUUUAGUUUGUCCACUAGGAAGAAACUUUACCAACAAAAUGAUACCAAAGUUAACAUUCCCCAAAUUUCACCAGAUUAGUUGUUAGGUCACAUAUUGUAAAUAACAAAGAGAAUAU